UAAUAAAUCCACACACAGAAAACUUACAUAGCAAAUUCAUACACACAAGAUUAAUUUUCUCUAAUAUUCUUGCCCACCUAGCUAGCUACAUUACAAUAUGAAAACAUUCAAUAUUUGUGUAGGGUUUCUUCUUCUUCUUGGCAUUGUAGUCACAGUGGUGCAAGGUCAAGGUGGUACUAGAGUUGGCUUCUAUUCGGCAACAUGUCCUCGUGUGGAGGCGGUUGUGCGAGCAACAGUUCAAGCUCAUUUCCGGUCCGAUCCUACGAUUGCUCCCGGAUUGCUUAGAAUGCAUUUCCAUGACUGCUUUGUCCAAGGUUGUGAUGGUUCCAUACUCAUCAAUGGGCCUGGCACUGAGAGAACCGCGCUAGCAAACGUUUUGCUUAGAGGAUAUGAAGUCGUUGAGGACGCCAAGGCUCAGCUUGAGAGAGAUUGCCCUGGUGUUGUCUCUUGUGCUGAUAUCCUCGCCCUUGCGGCCCGCGAUUCUGUUGUUUUGACAAGAGGACAAAGCUGGCAAGUUCCGACAGGACGCAGAGAUGGCAGGGUUUCAUUGGUAUCUGAUGCUGCCAAUUUGCCAGGCUUCACUGACUCCGUGGACGUGCAGAAGCAAAAGUUUUCUGCACUCGGUCUCAACACUCAAGAUCUCGUUGUUCUUGUUGGUGGACAUUCCAUAGGUACUUCAGCAUGCCAGUUCUUCAGAUACAGACUCUUCAACUUCACCACGACCGGGAAUGGAGCCGAUCCAUCGAUCGACCCCCUGUUCGUGUCCCAACUACAAACACUUUGCCCUCAGAACGGCGAUGGAAACAGGCGCAUAGCACUAGACACCGGCAGCCCUAACAACUUUGAUGGUUCAUUCUUCAAUAAUCUGCAGGGGGGCCGUGGAAUUCUGGAGUCGGAUCAGAAGUUAUGGAGUGAUGCUACCACAAGACCUUUUGUUCAACGAUUCUCGGCCGCUAUAAACUUCAAUUUGGAGUUUGGAAGAGCCAUGGUUAAGAUGGGUAAUAUUGGUGUUAAGACUGGAAAUAAUGGUGAAAUUCGCAGAGUAUGUUCUGCUAUUAAUUGAUCAAACAUCAUAUCAUGUUAUAUUAAUCCUCUCACAUUGAUGUAAUUGUACGACUAGCUUGUGCUUUUCUUGUUGAAUAAUUGAAUAGUGAUGACCAAAGUGGUUAUAUAUUGGCAAGAUUAAGUCAAA